UUUCUCCCUUACUCUUCAUUGAAUCUUGAACUUUGCCUCUUCGUGUAGUAGCAGACCAUGUAUUUAUUUAUCAAUAAAAACAGCUAAAAUAUGGUUCGCAAAUUAAAAUACCACGAACAAAAACUUCUGAAAAAAGUUGAUUUUAUAACUUGGAAAGUCGAUAAUGGUGGAAAGGAAAAUGUGAUUUUGCGAAGGUACAACAUUCGAAAAAGGGAAGACUAUACAAAGUACAACAAACUAUCGCGCAAUGUUCGGGAACUAGCUGACAAAAUAGCAAAACUGGAAAGAAACGACCCGUUCAAAGCAGAAGCAACAGAAAUAUUGCUAGAAAAAUUGAAUGCCCUUGGCCUGGCGGCAAAUAAAUUAGAUUUGGAAAUGGCAAGUCGAAUCUCAGCAAGCAGUUUUUGUCGCCGAAGAUUGCCUGUAAUCAUGGUUAAACAAAAACUUUCAGAAAACAUAAAAAGUGCUACAGAUCUAAUAGAACAGGGCCAUGUUCGGGUUGGCCCAGAAAUGAUAAAAGAUCCAGCUUUUAUUGUGUCAAGAAACUUGGAAGACUUUGUUACUUGGGUUGAUGGAUCGAAAAUUAAAAAGCAUAUAUUGGAAUACAAUAACAUGCGGGAUGAUUUUGAUUUUUAAACUUGUUUUAUGAAGACAAUAAAAAACACAUUUUGGAA